AUGAGUUCUGGAAAAGUUGUUUUAGGAACUUUGGCAACUCCUGAUGAUGGUUUAUAUGAUAUUGUGUUAAUCAAUGAGAGUAUACUUGAAGAAGCUUUAAUAUUUUUAAAAGAUCAUUUUUUUACUUCAGAAGCGAUUUGUAAAGCUAUAAAAGUAUUAGAGAAUCCACCGUUGUUAGAAGAUUUAUUAAAAUGCAUGAAGAUGAUGAUUACUAAAGAAGCAGAAGGAUCGUUCGCAUCCAUAGCUGUGAUGAAAAAACUUACAAAUCAAAUUAUUUGUGUCAUGUGCUUUUCACUAAGGCCAAAGCGGAAUAAUCAAACAUAUUUUGGUGACUAUGCUGAACACCAUUGCCAAGAUGAGCUGAUGAAAAGAGUCUUUCAAUUUGUGGACGCCACCAGUUCGAAAGUCAAUGUCUACGAUUAUUUCAACGUGGACUAUUUGGUUGAAUGCGAAAUUUUGUCAACGCAUGAGGAUUAUCGUCGAAAACAAUUUGGGAAAAAAAUAACUGAAUUUGUAGUUAAAACGAUUUUCCUCAAAAAUCUACCAAUAGUAUUACCAGAGUAUCAAGAAGUUAUAGAUAAUUUCGAUAAUUAUGCAUUUCGAAGUAUAUGCUCUUCCAAAUACUCGAAACUAAUUGCAAAUAAUGUGGGAUGUGAAGAUUUAUGUUAUGCUGAUCUCCGCCAAUUGAAGUUGAAUGAAUGUACUGAUCAAAAUGAAUCGUUUGAAAUUUUUACUGUUGGGUGUAAAUUAUCAAAAUUAAUAAUGCAAACUUAUAGUAGUAAAUAUUAAGAAUUAGGCGUAAACAGUUGAGCGAAUGAUUGUGGCCUUAUCAGUAGAAUUUCGUUUAUUCACUACAAAAAUUUCAAUUCCAUACGUAUGUAAGCAAUUGAACAGUCUCAACAACCGAGGCACACUUAAUUGUUAUUAGCGUUUCAUCCAGGCUACGAGACACGCUCGUCUCGCCUCGUGCCUCGGUUACGGCUAGGCGAGGUUUAAAGUUUUAAGCCUCGUUACUAACCGAGGCGAGGCGAGACAUAUUGUUCCAAAUCCGAGGCGAGGCGAAGUGAAUUGCCCCAAUAACCUCGCUUCGGCCUAGGCGAC